AUGCUAGGACUGGACACGAGCAUUGUCGUACACAAGUUACCGCUCAAACCAGAAUGCCCUCUAGUAAAGCAGAAACUGAGAAGAACUAGACCUGGCAUGUCCCACAAAACCAGAGAGGAAGUCAAAAAGCAUCUCGACGCAGGGUUAUUAGCCAUUACAAAAUAUCCACAUAAGGUUGAUAAUAUCGUGUCGGUUCCGAAGAAAGACGGAAAGGUCAUAAUGUGCAUAAUCUACCGAGAUUUGAAUAAAGCAAGUCCUAAAGACAACUUCCCCCUGCCACGCAUUGAUGUGUUGGUAGAUAACACCAAUCAACUUUUGGGCUUCUCAUCCAUGGACGGAUUCUCUGGUUAUAACCAGAUAAAUAUGGCUCCCUCAGACAUGGAGAAAACCAUGUUUAUCACCCUUUGGGGCACCUUUUGUUACAAGUUCAUCAAGAAAGAGAUUAUUUGUCGCUACGGUGUUCCUAAUAAGAUUAUCACGGAUAAUGGGUUGAAUUUGAUUAAUAAAGUGAUGGACGAGUUAUACGAGAGUUUUAAAAUUGAAUACCAUAACUCGUCACCUUAUCGAACAAAGAUGAAUGGCACAGUAGAAGCAGCUAACAAGAAUAUCAAAAAGAUUAUCCAGAAUAUGGAGCAACCCCAUUUCUCUCUAGUAUACAGCACUGAGGCAGUACUCCCUGUUGAAGUUGAAAUACCUUCCUUGAGAGUCCUUAUGGAGACUAAACUGGAAAAUACGGAUUGGGUACAAACAAGAUUCGACCAACUAAACUUAUUAAAAGAAAAGCGUAUGGCCACAGUAUGUCAUGGGCAAGUAUAUCAAAGGGGGCUCAAGAAAGCAUUAUACAAAAAGGUUUGUCCUCAUAUAUUCGAAGAAAGCGACUUAGUGCUAAGAAAAAUACUACCCAUCUACAAAGAUCCCCGUGGAAAAUGGACCCCAAACUAUGAAGGGCCAUACAUUGUGAAGAAGGCCUUCUCUGGCGGAGCCUUAAUUCUCACAAUCAAGGACGGAAUGGAGUUACUAAGACCUGUGAACUCCAACGCAGUCAAGAAAUAA